AUGGAAUGUGUGUACUUACGAUGGCUGUUUCUGGCCCAGUUUUUUAUGUUAACCAUCACUGGUGCAGCAAAAGUUCCAGCCAUUAUUGUGUUUGGAGAUUCAUCAGUUGAUGCUGGAAAUAAUAACCAGAUUUCGACUGUAUUGAAGAGCAAUUUUAGGCCAUAUGGUAGAGAUUUCUUUGGUGGGAGACCCACAGGGAGAUUCUCCAAUGGCCGUAUUCCUCCGGAUUUUAUUUCUGAGGGAUUUGGGCUUAGGCCAUUUGUGCCUGCCUAUUUAGAUCCAAUGUAUAAUAUUUCAGAUUUUGCUGCUGGUGUUUGCUUUGCUUCUGCUGGUACUGGUUAUGACAACUCAACUUCUGAUGUACUUAAUGUUUUACCAGUUUGGAAGGAAGUGGAAUACUACAAGGACUAUCAGAAAAAGCUUAGAGCCCAUGUGGGUGAAGAAAAGGCAAAGUUCAUUGUCAGUGAGGCCUUAUAUUUGAUUAGCAUGGGAACAAAUGACUUUCUAGAAAAUUAUUAUACACUUCCAAAUAGACGAUCCCAGUACAGCGUGGAUCAGUACCAGGUUUUCCUCAUAGGACUUGCAGAACAUUUUAUAAAGGAAAUAUAUGGUUUAGGAGCAAGAAAAAUGUCCUUAACAGGUUUACCUCCAAUGGGGUGUCUGCCAUUGGAGAGGACAACAAAUUUCUUCAAUGGAUAUGGAGAGGGAUGCAACGAUGGAUACAAUACAGUGGCAUUGCAUUUCAAUCAGAAAGUGGGUGGUUUAGUGCAGAAGUUGAACAAAGAAUUGCCUGGCAUAAGAGUGGUUUUAUCAGAUCCUUACAAUGUUUUCACGCAAAUCGUCAGGAAACCUUCAUUAUUUGGGUUUGAUGUAGCAGCAGUGGCAUGCUGUUCCACAGGAAUGUUUGAGAUGGGAUACAUGUGUGAUCAACUGAAUCCAUUUACAUGUUCAGAUGCAAAUAAAUAUGUAUUUUGGGAUUCUUUCCAUCCAACAGAGAGAACAAAUAUGAUCAUUUCUGAGUAUUUCCUCAAGAAUAGCCUGCAUCAGUUUUAUGGGUAG